CAACUACACAUGUUGUCUAUCACAACCUUCUUCUUGAACAAAACCUGUUUGUGUUUAAAAUAAAAAAAACAAGUUCUCUAAGAAUAAUAUCCUAAGAUGGGAAAGAAAGUGAAAAAGGAUGAAAAGCCUCCUCCAGAUGAUGUGUUUGACACACUUUCCGUGGAAAGCAGACAAGCUGGCACUGUGGUGCUGAUGUUGAGCAGUCCUGAGGAAGAUGUGCAGUCAAAAGCAUGUGAAGCCAUCUACAAAUUUGUCACAAAAUGUGAUGAAAAUAAGAAACAGUUGUUGGAUCUUGGAGCUGUGGGCCAUCUUCUGACCCUUAUGCAGAGUGAAGAUAAAAUUGUUCGCCGAAAUGCUUGUAUGGCUGUAGGAGUGAUGACAGCCAAUCCUGAUGUAAGAAAGUAUCUAAGAAAAGCAGAAGCUACAUAUCCUGCCCUUGUGAACCUUUUGGGACCUGAUGAGGAUGAUGUAUGCCAUGAGUUUUCUGCCCUUGCCUUGUCUAAUAUGGCAACAGAGUUUAGUUCAAAGGCAGCCAUCUUUGAGCAUGGAGGUUUGGAGCCACUAAUUCGAUGCCUGUCAGCACAUGAUCCUGAUGUGCAGAAAAAUUGCAUUGAAGCAAUUGCAUUAUUACUGAUGGACUACCAAACCAGGAGAGCGAUCAAGGACCUGGAAGGUCUCAACCCAAUAUUGGAGGUGUUGAAGUCCGAGUACCAGAUCAUACAGAAAUUGGGCUUGCUGGCCCUUGAGAGAGCGUCCCAAGAUGGGGAGAACCGCAGUGCCCUGCGUGAGCUGGAGGCCAUUUCUAAGCUGAUUGACUUCGUGGCUCACCCGGAGUGGAAUGAUCUGCACGUGAUGGCUGUCAUGGUGUUGUCUAACCUACUGGAGGACCUGGAAAGCCUUGAGUUGAUCAAGGAAACUGGUGGCCUCAAGCGUCUGGUGGCACUUAUAACUGACCAAGUGCCUCCAGAUGAGGAACCCAAAGGUGGUAAAGGGGACAAAGGAGACAAAGGGGGAAAAGGGUCCAGAAAUGCAAAAAAGAGUGCGGCCAAGGACUCUGAUUAUGGUCACUCUGCCAAGAAGCAGGAGUCUGCUGACAGUUCUGAGGCCCCCCCAGGGGAGGCAAUCAUCCCCACCCUCCCAGACGCGAAAAUGUGCGCCGCAAAGGCUAUAGGCAGAUCAGCCCGCAGUGCGGAGAAUCGUAAGAUCCUUCAUGAACAAGAGGCUGAGAAGAUGUUGAUCCACCUGCUGAGUCACGAGUCUGCAGACGUACAGACUGCAGCUGCCCAGGCCCUGGCAGUCAUGGCAGAAAACCUUGCCAGUCGGGACUCAAUCAGGGAAUGGGAGGGCAUCCCGCCGCUGGUGAAGAUGCUGACAUCGGAGAGUGGCAGCGUGAAGGAAGCGGCCACUCUGGCCCUCGCAAACCUCACCACCGCCAACUCCAACAACUGCAUGGAGAUCCAGACCCAGAUCGGUAUCGAGCCCCUGAUCGGUUGCCUAGGUGACGCACAGGAAGAGGCCGUAGCCAACGCAGCCUGCGUGCUCACUAACCUGGCACAGAUAGAGCUCCUUAGAGUGGACGUGCAGAACAAGGGAGUGAUAAGGGCGCUCAUUGAUCCGCUGAGCUCACACAAUGUCACUGUUCAAAGCAAGGUUGCCCUGGCUGUUGCUGCAUAUGUGUGUGACAGCGAUUCCAGGGAAAACUUCCGCCACUCGGAUGGGUUACCACCACUGAUAGGUCUCUUGCGGUCUGGGAAUGAUGAGGUCCGCAGAAACGCUGCCUGGGCCAUCACUGUGUGUGCAGUAGACGAGCCCACAGCCGCUGAGAUAUGCAAGCUGGGAGGUAUGGAGCUCCUCCAGGAGAUUCAAACAUCAAGCACGAGGAAGAGUAGGUUUGCAGAGGCGGCCCUACAGAAGCUGCUAGACAACAAUCUGUCAGCGAAAUAUGCACUCACAGGCACUCUUUGCAGCACUAACUUCAUAGAGAACGGUUUCUACGACAUCGGUCAGCUGAGGCCAGGAACCAAGUUCCAGACGCUGGAACAGUACGCCAAACAGGAACUCAACGAGAAAAGGCCCAUCAUCAUGAUCAACGCUAAACCAGACCCCACAAUGUCACAAGCCCAGUCACAGGCUGACCUAGACGGCAAACAAGAUGGCUCGAAAAACAGCGUCACUGGAAAGUCCUCCCGAACAGGUCGUGACUCUAAAACCAUUAUAAGGAAGAAUGAGAUUGAAUUUAAACGAGAAAAAUCAAACUCACGAGAGCGAAGCGGGAGCAAGAAGUCACGCAAGCAGCAGGAGAAAGAGGAGAAACAGCGUGAGGAGGAGCUGGCGGCGCAACUCCAGCGCGAGGCGGAGGCGAUAUCUGCUGCGGAGAACAAGCCCUUCGAGGCGCCAUGUGAUCCCACCCUGCUCAAGUACAUUGAGGAGGUGUCAGAGAAGAUUCAGCCCCUACCCACCAGUAGGGAGCAGGUCAAGGCAUUGGCUGUGUAUGUAGCAGACAAAAUGGGAGGCAGUAUAGAGCGUGGCCAGCUGAGCAAUUUUGGUUGGGAGUUACCUAUUAGCCAAAUUAAAUACGAACUCAAGUCUAAUGUAAUUCCCCUCGGCAAAAUAAAGACUGGUAUCCAUGUACACAGAGCCCUGCUGUUCAAGACGUUGGCAGACAAGAUAGCGGUGAGCUGUUCGCUGGUGCGUGGAGAGUACAACAGGGCCUGGAAUGAGGUACUGCUGCCAGAGGAAGACUUCACGCUGGAGGAAUCUUUGUUUGUAUUUAGUCCGACACCUGGAGCCCCCAAGUUUCCCCCCAAGACGUACAUUGUGGACUUGAUUCAUGAACCAGGCCACUUGUUGAGGCUGGACACACCUGAGGCACAGUCCUACAAGAAGAUAUGA